AUGAUCACCACGCACCCGUACAACUUUAGUUCCGAUGUGGAACGUCCUUCUCGUGCCCCAACUUGUGCCCGAUGCAGGAACCACGGAGUUUCCCUCCUACUUAAGGGCCACAAGAGGUACUGUCCGUGGAGGGACUGCGAGUGUAGCAAGUGUAGCCUUAUCAUCCAACGAAGACAGGUGAUGGCAGCACAAGUCGCUCUUAGGAGACAGCAGGCACAGGAGGAAUCAAUGAGAUUACACCUUGGACUUAGCCUGGGUUUUUACCCGUCUCAACAAAUCAGUCAGGAUCCCAACAAUACCUCACCCGGAGGUGAUGCCAACACUUCUCCUCGACCUGGUGACCAAGUCAUGAAGGAGUCCGGUUCUCCUUCCUCGACAUCACCCGCACCCACUCAACGUACUGAAGCUGAACAACAAGAAUUAAACAACAGCCAGAACAGAAGUCCCGCCCGGAAAAGAUCACCCUUGGAAUUGUUGAUGGCGCUAUUCCCCGAACACGCAGCUGAAAAUAUUCAGGCUGCACUAAUCGCCUGUCAAAACGAGGAGAUCCGCACUAUAGAGUACCUCUUGACAAUCCGUCGCCAGAGUGGCAUGGCGGAGAAGAGACCCCGAAACUCCCCACCAGUCACCAACCCCGUAACCUCCACCACCCCCACUACUCAGGAGACCAUCAUCCCUCAAACCACAACCUCUCUCCAGCUCCCGCCCAUAUCGCUCAAGAACAUGCAGCUGACGGCGUUCUCCCCGGUGAUGCCGAGGAAGCGGCCAUCGCUCUGUCUAUCAGGAAUAGAGUACCUUACCAACCCUAACCUCUCCAGCUCCAAGCUGUCCAGCUUCGUCUCCAACAUUCCCAAGUUCUCGGUCCCUGAGCGAGAAGUUCCUAUCGCCACUGGGAAUUCCCCGGCCACGGGCACCGACCAGCCGACAUUCUCCCUCAGCAACCUGAUGACACAGAACUUUUCUCUCUUGGGAGGACCUCACAAAACCCCAACUUUCCCGACUGUCUCCCAGACAAACCCCCUCCUCAACUUCCUGCCCUCUUUCUCGACCACCAAGUUCCAGACCAGUGGAACUUUCACUAACUCCUUUACCAAUACUACCACCCCUUCCUUCGUCUCGAACUCCCAGCCAGGGGAAAUCCCCAAACCGGAUCUCCUGAUGCAGACCAUGACCAGGUGAAAUGGACAAUUUCUCUGAGGAACAGUAUGUGUUUCUCUGAGAAGCAGUACGUGAUUUUUCGGAGACAGUGAAGUAUACUUGCUUCUCUCCUGAUGCUAGACAGUGACCGGCUCCAGGAUCUAAUUUUAGUUAGAGACAGAAGCCACGUCUGUAAUAAGAGAGAGA